AUGCGCCUCCGCGCCGCCGCCGCCGCCCUCUGCCUCUGCCUGCUGGGCGCCUGCCGCCUCCGCCGCGGGCUGGAGGCCGCCGCCGUGCGCGGCCCGUCGGCGGCCGCUCCCCAGCGACCCUCGGCAGCCGCGCCUUCCUCCGCCUCCUCCUCCUCCGCCGCCGCCGCCGCCUCCCCCUUCUCCUCCCCGCCGCGGAGGGACGGGGCUCUCCGCAACGGCACGGUGGUGCCGCACCACUACAUGGUGGCCCUGUACCAGCGCCUGGCCGCCCGCCGCGGCCCCGGCGGCCGCGCCGACACCGUCACGGGCUUCGCGGAGCGGGCGCGCAGCGAUGCCUCCCUAUCCACCUCCGAGCAGCGAUACCUCUUCGACAUCUCCAGCCUGCCUGAGGCAGAGGAGGUGACGGGCGCAGAACUGCGGAUCCUGCGUGCCCUCCCUGAAAACCGGAGCUUGGCCCUGUCCCCCGAGGGCACCUUCCACCACCUCCUCCUUUCCACCUGCCCAAGCCAGGAUGGUCAGGAGCCCCGGCUGCUGGACUCCAGGGCUGCAGACAUUUUGGACGCAGGCUCCUCCAGAUGGGAGGUUUUUGAUGUCUGGGGAGCCUUGCGAGAUCGGAGGGAGAGAUCUCUCUCGGGCAAGCUGCUGUGCUUCCUGCUGAGGAUCGUCUCGGAUCAGUCGGGGCAGCUCCUGCCCCCCCGACAACUGGGGUUCAACAAGCCCCAGCCCCAGCCCCACGAGCGAGCCCUGCUCGUGGCCUUCUCCCACACCCAGAGGAAGGAGAAUCUCUUUAAGGAGAUCCGGGAUAAGAUCAAGGCCCUGGGCAGCCCCCCAUUCCUGGAGCCCCCUGACCCUGGCCAGGAGGUGUAUCCCAAGCGGAGGAAGAGAAGGACCACGAUUGCUGCCCGGUCUGGGGGCAGAGGCCAUGGGAAGAAGGCGAAGACCCGCUGCAGCAGGAAGCCUCUGCACGUGAACUUCAAGGAGCUGGGCUGGGAUGACUGGAUAAUCGCCCCCCUGGAUUACGAGGCGUAUCACUGUGAGGGGGUCUGCGACUUCCCCCUGCGCUCCCACCUGGAGCCCACCAACCAUGCCAUUAUUCAGACCCUGAUGAACUCCAUGGACCCGGAGUCCACCCCCCCGAGCUGCUGUGUGCCCUCCAAGCUCAGCCCCAUCAGCAUCCUCUACAUAGACUCUGGGAACAAUGUGGUUUACAAACAGUAUGAGGACAUGGUCGUGGAGACGUGUGGCUGCAGGUAGCAAUUUCUGCAGCUCUCCUCCUCCUCACUUCUCCCUGCCCUGCCCAGCAGCCCUGACCCAUUUUAUAUAUAUAAAUAUAGAUAUAUAUAUAUAAAAUAUAUAUAUAUACACAUACACAUUUUGGUGUGUGCCUUUCCAAAAGCCAAGCUCAGAGCAGGUGUCCCUUGCCUUCCCUGGGCCACCCUGGCCAUGAGCCCCCCUGAGGCUGUGAGGCUGAUGCCAUCUCUGUGCCUUGCCUGCUUCCUGCAGGAAGGGGGGGGUACACAGACCGGCAGAGCCCCCAGGAAAUGCCUGUUCUGCCUCUGAGCUCUGCCUGCUAGGCUUGGUUUUCCCAGGUGGAGCUGACACUUUCUUUCCCAAAGGUUUUGGAAAAUGUCUGGCCAAAAUUGUCUUGGUGGGAAUGAUGACCUGGGGUUGGGGAGCAGACAGAGUGGUGGCUGUGGGAGAGGAAUCUUGUCAGCAUCACCUUCUGGCUGGGGCAGUGGGAUGGAGGUGAGAUGGGAAUGCUCAUUUAUUUGAGUUAAAGGAGUUUUUCUGUCUGCCUUCAAAUCACCACACCCAGGUUUUCUGGUGGAAAAACGAGGGAUCCCUGGGGGAAGGCAGAGGGUGGAGAACCUGUGGCUGCUGGGGGUUGAAAUCAUUUGGUCCAGGCCUGCUUGUAGUGGGGAGAGAUUUGUGAGUCUGCUGGUGGGGACAGGAAAGAAGGUCCUUGUAACUGGAGGCUAAAGCAAUAGUCAGGUCUGAAGUAGAGCUCGAGAGCUCGUGCUGUCAAAAAGAUGGGAAUGGUCCUGGGAGGUGUUAGCUGGGGAUACCCUGGCUCCAUGUAGUCCUAAGUGCUGGCCCUGUUGUUGAUGUCCUGCAGGGGGUAUUGGCUGGUGGGUCCCCUCCCUUUCCUGCACAAAACCCCAUUUCCAAGGCAUACUGGGAACCUGGCAUCAGGCCCACAAGUCACACAGAUGUCCUCAGCGUGUCUGGAGAAUAACAAAGGUCCUGAGUUCCCCAGGGAAGAACCAUUUUGCUUGGGUUCUUCUUUUUCCAAAUAAUCUCUAUAAAAGCACUAAACUCCACCCUAUCUUCCUUUGGCAUCGAUUUCCCAGUGAGCUCCAUCCCUCCCUGGAGCGCCGGCCUCUCCCCGCUCCAUUAAGGGAACCCGGAUCCGCCAGGAACAGGCCUUUCCCAUGCUGUGGGCUGAAUGUCACCCUUGGGGACUGCUACAUAAAAUGGGGUGCUUUGACCUGUACUGAAAGGGCUGCAGGAUUUUAGUAACUCAGGAGCUGAGUAUAAAUUAUGCCUUUAAAUCAGAGAAACCUCGUAUCCAUGACAGGGUGUGUUUUGGAUGCUGGGAAGUGUUUCUGCUGCACCUCAGUGGCUUUUAGUACCACACUCCAGCUUUGUGGCUGAGUUGGCAUAGUCCACAGAUGUAUUUGCACAGACUUUGUGUUUGAUGGUUUGUUUUUUUACUGAUGGUCAGAGUGUUGGUGUGUAAACAUCAGUGCUUAUUAGUGACAGUAGUUUGCUUUUGGAGGAGAUAAAUCCCUGCUGGAAAACGUGGCGUUUUCCCUAUAUAAAAUGAGUUGUUCUCCAUGGUAAGGGUGUUCUUCUGGGAAGGCUGAGCCUGGCUGGGGCAGAGAGGGGUUCACCUCAAAGAACUCUGCUGAGAUCCAAAUGAUUUCAAGGAUCAGAAAAGCCUUGGUGAGGUCCAACAGCCGCUUCAAGAAAAUAGUGCAUCAGCAGGGAGUAAAUUGAGCACACUGAUAAUGGUGAUAGAUCCACUGGACUAACACCCCCCAGCUUCCUUCUAUCCUCAUCCAUAGAGGCUUGCUGUGCAUCCUCAGGCUGUGGCUGGUGGCAACUCAGGAGAGCAAAUGUGGUACCCAUAAAUCUCGUGUAACCCCCUUGACUCCCGUGGAGCUCCUCUGACUUUACAUCCAUGUAAGCAAGAGGAAAACCCAUCUCCCUACCUCAGCAUAAAUGUAAAUAUAUAUUAAUGAUGUAACUGUCCCCAGGGGGAUGCUCAGAGAUGGAGGUUGGUAGGGGAGAGGAAGAAUCAGGUCCAUGCAGGUGGGUUUUCUCCUUGCCGGUGUCUGGGGAGUCUGAGGUGCAACUAGUGGGUGAGGAGGGGUCAUAAGGAGGGCUAGUGUCUUUCCUUUGCCCUUUGGCUUUAGCACAGAUGGUUUGGGAAGGAGAGUGGCACAGCAGUGCCUGAGUUGCUUGCUCUGGAAACACUGCACCAUUUAUAAAGUAACCAAGCUUUUGAAGUGCCUAAUUUUUCAAUUACCAUGGGUUGUUUGAUAGCUUUUCUCACUGCUGAGACAAUAUUUUUUAAUGUUUUUGUUUCUUUUACCCCCUCCCCUUCCUCCAAAUAUUUGUGGUGGAGGUUUGUGGGCAGUUCAAAUUCAGGCAAGAUAUAUAUAGCUCCUGGCAGCCCCUGCUGGCUGGUGGCUCUUGUGAGCCUCAGCCAAAAGGUUGGCCUGAGACCUGCUCCUGUGGGACCGAUUCCAAGGGGGUGUUAAUACCAGUGACCCUCAGUUCUUGUGGCUUUUGUUCAGCCACAGCUGCAGGGAACAGACAGAUGUCACGCACCUCAGGCCUGGAGGUGGCUGACGGGGAGCAGGGCGAUGGGUUGGAUCUUGCAGUGCUUCACCUCGACCCCAGUGCUGUGUGCUGUGCUCUGCUGAGGCUCUGUCCUGAACCCCACCGUGGCUUUGCUGGUCCUGGGGGGAAAAGCAGUGACUCAGUCGCUGCAGUUUUGUAGCGUGGAUCGCUACAGUAAAUGAAAGGAUUUGGUGAGAGCGCAGAGGCCGCUGCUGGCAGUGAUGCCAUCCAUGGUUUUGCCCAUGUGGGAAUCAGUCCUGGCUCUCCUGGCUGCAGGUACCUCUUCCAGAACGGGCAUGUUUGGUGGGACAGCAAACUUCAGCCCCCUGAGGUGAGCCCAGCAGCAGUGGGCCCUUUGUGCUCGCACCCCUGGUGACACUGCUGUGCCAGCUGCUAUUUUAAAGGAGCACCUGUUCCUUUCCUGGGCUGACAACCUCUGGAGGACAACAGGAGGGAAAAGGAUGGAGUCAGACCCUCUUUCUGCCUCACAAGAGGGAAGGCAGCCAGGGGCUGCUCCAAGGUGAUGUGUAUGGGUGGGGCAAGGCUGGAGGGGAGCAGGGCUGGGGCUCUUGGUGGGUAACUGUGUUGCUCCCCCUGGGAAAGUGUAUCAACCGCAGUGCUCAGCUGUUGCAUUGCUUAUUGCUCCUAGAGGAGUGUUUCCAGAGCAAAAGCACUUCUUCUCCCUUUAGGGAUCCCUGCAUGCCAACUGUAAGGGCUGCCUCUCUAUCCCCAGGUAGAUUUGGAGAUUGCACCCAAACACUGGAAUGAGGCUUGGGCAACAACCAUCAGAGCCAUUGCAAAUGUUUAGAGGUUUAGAUUAGAUAUUAGGAAAAAAAUUUCAUGGAAAGGGUUGUAAAGCAUUGGAACAGACUGCCCAGGGAGGUAACAGAGUUGCCAUCCCUUGAAGUGUUCAAAAAAUGUGUGGAUAAGGCACUUGAGGAGACAGUUUCAUGGUGAACAUGGUGGUGGUGCUGGGCUGACAGUAGGACUUGAUGGUCUUUUCCAGCCUUAAUGAUUCUAUGACUCUCAAUGGAAGUGGUGGGUGUGAAAGCCUUUUCCAGACAGGGAGAUUCCCUCAGCUGAGUUGUUGCAGCCCUGUCAUGUUGGGGAGCAACACAGGGACAUGUCAGCAAAGGGCACGAAGCAGUAAAUCCUGCCUGUGGAGGCAGGUAAGUGGGGCACUGGCUGCAGGAUGGUGGCAAUCCAGCCCAACCCUCAUCUCUGAAGCUGGUCCUUGGCUGAGCAUCACCCUCUAAUGCCAUAGAAACGGUCCAGGAAAAAUGUAUUUCUGAUCAGUUGCCUCUUGCCUGAGCUGAUUUUUGGCCACAUGUAAACUUUAUGAGACUAGAGGUUGAACAUGGACAAAUAUGAAUUCAGUAGGCUCAGAGUGAUUUUAAUGGAUAAUUAUAGGUUCUUAUUCUGCAGUAUUUAUACAACCUUUCCAGUUAAAAAAACCCAGUUUCCAUGCAGUGUAUAUUCUCCUGGAGGAUUUGUUUGACCUUGAGCACCAUUUUUAUCUGCAGGAUAUAAUUACAGUGAAACUAGAAAUAUUAACCUUUUUAAAAAAGACUGUGUAUCUAUGCUUAACUGGCUCCUUCCCCUCAGACACGCAAAUGUAAUCGUGCAGGAGCAGGGAAACAUGGACCAAUCCCAUUUAACUUGGAAGUGCUGGGGCUGUGAUUCAGGGAAGCACACCUGGUUGGGACAGGACUGGUGUGUGUGCCUUGAGCUCUGUAAAACCAAAGCCUGUGCUUAAGCCAUUGCCUGUGCUAUGUCCUGAAGCUCCCUGUCCAGCGGAGCUCCAUAGCAGGAAUAGUCAAAAGCAAAAUGGCUUUAUGCCUAGUUUAACUGCCUAGUGACCAGGGGUGCUUCUGGCCUAGAAAUAAUUCCCCAAAAUCACAGAUUUCAUCCUUUUUUCUUCUAAGGAAUAAUUAAUUUUUAAUUCUCUUAAAACAGGGCUUUUGUCUAACCACACACCCCAUUUUUUUUUUAACAUAUUUCAAAUCCAAUGAUAGAAGGGAAAUUACUAUCCUCUGGAAGAGAGAAGGGUGUUCAUAUGGAAAAGGGCUUGAUUCAGGCUUGUAGAAUCUUCUCCCUGGCAUAUUUGUGUUGAAUCUGGUCAGCACUGGUAGACAGAGCCACGUUUUCUUUGCCUGUUGGUUGAUGCUUGGCAUACUCAUAAGGAAAAGACUGCAAAGGUAUUAAAAGUGAAGCCCAAACCUUGAGCCCUCUGCUCAAGUUCGAGUGCCAGUGACUCCUGGGUGUUUUUGCACCGUGUGGGUUUUAACUCAGGUUGUGGUUACACAGCUGUCACUGGGCGAUGCUGCAUUGAUUUAUCGGUCACACUCCUGUUGCAAAACAAGCAGCUCCUUUUACAGUUUUAAGCCUUAUGCCACAAACCCAAAAGUGGUAUUUAGGGACAGUCACCUGUGCUGGCCCCCACGUAACAGCAGGCACAUGCUCUGCUGUUGGCAGCACUGCCUCUCCAGGGAGAGACAGAGAGGCUGGGGCAUCACUUAGGACCCCUGGGGGAUGUGGGUCCUAGGGGGCCACAGCAGGGCAAAUGGAGCAGAGCACCUUGGAGUGCUGAUGGGAUGCCACAACUUUACUCUCCAGACUUAACAGGAGUUUUGCCAUGAGCUUUGGUUUUUUGUGCUUGUCUCGAUAGCAGCAUUUGCAGUUACAUCAAAACCCCCAUGACCUAUGUUAAUGUGACAGAUACGUCAUAAAUACCAAUCCAGCUCAUACUCUUAUUGGAACAAACCUGGUGGGAAAUGUCAAGGUUUCCUGCCAAGCAUGUAGUGAGCUCUGAAAUCCAAGUGCCUUCUCUUUUGUCUGUGCUGGAACAGCAGGGCCAUGUGCCAGGGAGAAAAAAACCUAAGUGGGGCAACGGCAAUGAGAGUCUUUCAGAGGUUGUCACCUGAAAUGGGGCAGUACCACUGGGUUUGCAAGAUGGUCAGACUGAAAGGCUGUCACAUGAACCUUGGCUGGAUGGUCCCACCACAUUGCUUGCUGUGUCCCCUGUCCUGUGUGCAACUGCAGUUAUGGUGUGAAUUUUUCUCUCCACAUCACACUCUGGGAGGUGAGUGGGUGGGAAAACCUGUGUGGGCAAAACCAAGCACUGGUCUUUGAGAGCAGUGUGGUUCUUCUUUUAAGUCACCAUGACCAGCAGAUGGAGAGACUACGUGUGUCUCACUGGAAUCAGAACAGCUCCUCUGGCAUCAGGGAUCCCUUUAUGGCUAUGUGGGGCCUGAAUGGAGAUGCUGAGUGGCAGGAGCAGAGUAUUGCACUAUGCUCACUGUGGGAGUGCAUCCUCCCUGAAAACACAAGUUGAGGGCUAACUGUUCAUGGACGGGUUGUUGGUGAUGGUCAGGAGCUUGUGACCUUGUGUGGUGGUGGGAGAGUUUUAUCUUUGAAUUAAUGACUGGUAAAAGAGCAAGGUGUUCCACCAGGCUGGUGUGUGUGACACCUUUCAAUUUUGUCAUAAACUGGUUUAUGUCUUCCAAGGUAAAACCAGCUGCAUUCAGCUUUUUGAAGCUCCUUAUUCCUAGUACAGAGUGUUGUGAGAUACACAGAGGUGCAAAGAUGUCUCUGAAAAUCACUUUUACCCUAUCAAUCAGUAUUCUGGGCCUUUGAAAAAUGACCAAAAUUUGGAACUCCUGCUGGUGUAACCCACUGACCAAGGAGCCAGAGCCCACUCUACAUCUGAAAGGAUAUUUUACAUCCUUGCACCUCAAGACACAAGUAGCCCAGGUGGCUGCUUUUUCCUUUUCCUGGCAGCAGUACCCAAACAGCCCCUGAAUUUUCCAUGUUGGAGAGGAACCUGAUGUCAGUGGUGAUGGAAAGGAGCACAUGGGCAGGCUGGCAGAUGCACUGUGUUUAACUCUGGCUGAAUGGACUAGGGUAGGAAACUUGGGCAGCAGAGCAUUUUCAUGGAGCUGGUAUUGAAACAUCUUAAACCAAAACUCGAUUCAUUCCCAGAAAUGGCUGAAACCAAAACCUGCCCAUUUUUCAGUGGUUUUUCAGCAAGUUUUGCUCUUCGUUUUUCUGUCAUCACCACUUAAUAGUGCAUUCAUACAUUUUGUAAGCUCGUUUUUCUGCUUUGGUACUGGUGUUCAUGCUUUGGGUUUUCAGGAUGGGGAGUGCAGACUUGCUGUGGUGUUUGGUGAGGGUAGGAUGGGGGGGAAGGGAAGACUGAGCCUCAGCAGCAGGAGGAUGGGGGUCAGUCUGUGCCCUCGAGUAGGGGACAGUGAGAAGAUGGGUCUGGCAGGGUUGAAAAUGGUGGGAGGAGGGGACUUGCUCAUGAUGGGUCCCACACUCAUGUGCUUUGCUGAUGGUACAUGGGAGAGUUUGGGUCUCCCCUCCCCUGCUCUUUGCCACAGUGUCAGCCUAUGCUGGUGCCACCCUGGUCUCCAUCAUCAGGAAUGAGAUGCAGAGACUGGACCAAGCCUGGCCUCCCUGGGAGCUGUGGCAUCCAGUUGGUCCCAGGUUUUGGGGAGAUGGUAAUGUUCCCUGUGGUGUUUCAUGAAUUUCCUCCAUCAUGCCUUGGUGGAGAGAGAGGAGGGGAGCAGUAGGGAAAAAACAAGAGGCAAAUGUUGGGGCUGCUUUGGUCCCAAGCUGGUCAUCCUAGGGAGCUGUGUGCCAGCUGUGUGUUGGGAACUGCUGAGUACCAAGGGGCUCACAGAAGCUCAGCCAUUAGUAGCAGAGUAUGAAGCAGCAUCCACAGGCCAGGAAAAGGGAUGGUCAGACAUGGAGGGACUGGGCUGUAGUCCUUGAAGAGGUGUUGGAGUUAAGUGGGUGUGUAGGUGGUCAUCAGCUGGGGAAGAGCCACUUUGUAGGGGCAGCUCAUCCCCUCCUUGCUCAAGGAGGGGAGGGAUCAUUCUGGUUGCAUUCAUCCCACGCACUGUGAGUAAUGAACCUUUUAAAGAAGAGUCUGAGUUCCUGAGGUGUUGAACAUCCAGUGCUCGCACGUGCUUCAGACGAAGCCAUGUUUGUGCAGUGCCUUUGCAGAUCAAGCUCUGACAGCCUGAGGAGCAGUUGGGGGCUGUGCCCAACUGGAGUCACCAGCUCCAUCCUGCACUGUGGCUCUCCACUGGGAAAGCUGGUGGAGAUGCUGCUCACAAGAACUGGGCAUAUGUCUGUGCAGGACAGACCUGCUCUGCUCCUGGUCCUCCCUGUUUUGGAUGCAGCAGGAGCAAUGUUGAUCCAGUUUGCUCAGUCCCUCCAUAUCCCAUCACCAUGUGCUCUGUUUCUCAAGCCAAGUCAACACUAUCUGGAGUUCCUUUGACAAAACGAGCCUCUCUGCUGGUCAGUCAUGGUUUUAUUUAUAUGUUCUUUUCUUUGAUUAGAAAGGAAAAUAUCAAAAAAUGAAAAAGGACUCGAGUUUCCAAUAGCUGUAUCUCUAGUAGUUAUGAAUUUUGAAGCAAUACUCAUAUCCCUGUGUGUGCCUCUGAACUAUCCAUUUAUUUGUUCAGCUUUUUCAGGUCUGAGUGUGUGAAAUAUCUCUAAAGAAGAUAGCUCUGUACGUGAUGGUGUAAAUGCAUUGUUUGUAUGUAUCUAAAGUUUAAAUAGAUUGUACAUAUGGGAUUGUAAAUGAACUGUAAACAGCAAUCUAUAUUUUCUUGAAUAUAUUAUAUAGCAGUAUAUAUUUGUUAAAUAAGUAUUCUUGUAUACUCUUCAAUAACCUUUUUAAUAUUUUGU